UUUAUAUUAAAUUUUUGUAGAUAUUAAUCACAAGCGAUAGAUAUAUUUAAUUAUUUUUUGAAAUGGAAUCAAUUAAUUAUCCACAAAUAUUGAGAAUAAUUGUAUUGCUAAUUUUAGUGCUUUUCUAAAGACUUGUAAAUUGCUAGUCUACUAGUAUUGUUAAAAUAGAGACCAGUGAGGAGCAUUAAAGCUAAAGUAUAGAUUUUGAAAAAUUUAAUAGUUGCUAAAUAUCAUCUACAUGUGAUGAUUUUGAAAGUUGUAAAGCUCAAGUAUCUUAUUGUAGGUAUGUUUAUUGCUAUGAAAGUAAAAAAAAAUUAGUAAAAAACUAAGAUUAAAUGCUAAAUAAACAUGCUAAUUGUGUUGAAUUCUGUAUAAAUAAAUUUUUUACUAGCUCAUUUGGUAAUGAAAUUACAUAAUAUUUUGAAUGUUUAUAUUCGAAAAAUGUUAAAGAUGGAUUCUUUAUUAAUAAUGGUUUUAAAAGCAUGCAUAAUUAUUUUGGCUCUUAUAAACCUAAGAUAUUGAUUGGAGAGUCAGCUAUUGGAGUUUCUUAGUUAAUAGAGGAGUUUUUUAUCAAUAAAUAACUUGAACUUGUUUAUAAAUUUGAUUAGGAUGUUUUUACUAAUAAUUCUAAAGGUGAAAGCUAUAAUAUUUAUCUUAAGUGGGAUAUAGAAGAUCAUAUUAUUGAAACAGAAGAGCAUUGCAAUUUUGUGAAAUACUCCCAAGAGUAAUAAUAAAAAAUGCAUUUUAACUAACUCUAUCAAAUUAGUCACCCAAUAGCAUUUUCUUAGCUUCUUACAAGAAAAGACUGCUUAAAGAAAAUACUUGAUGACUUUGAUUAGUUGCUUUCUUAGUCAUGUAUUGAUUAAGAUGAAGAAAAUAAACUUGAGGUUUCUGAUAAAAAGUGUAUUAUGGCUUUUAGUUCAAAUAACUUUUUAUUAAAAAGCUAUUAUAUAGACACCAAAAAUAGCCACAUUUAGAAGUCUGAUGAUUCCUAAAAAAUUAUUGAUGGAAAUUUAAAGUAAAAUGUAAAAUAUGUCCUUAAACCAGCUAAAAGCAAUUAUGGUUCUGGCUUGAAAUUUGUACGAAAUUUCGAAGAAUUUAGAAAAUAAUUUAUGUCUAUGAUUUAAAAAAAUUAAAAAUUAGUCUAUAAGGAGUAUAUCUUAGAAGAAUUUUUAGAAAAUUAGCUAAUGAUUGAUGAAAAAAGGAAUAUAGAUAUUUCUUUUUAUGUCUCUGUGCUAUCUACAAACCCAUAACUGGUUUAUGCUAAAAAGGGUUACGUUCGAGUUAAUGGAUAUUAAUUUGAUUUAGCGAGUUAAUUAUCAUAAAGUAGCAAUAGUAUAUUUAAUAGUAGGUAUUAUGAAGUAUUAAAAAGUGGCGAAAUGAAGUCUAUGGAAGUUGAAAAUUAUUUUUACACCUUUGAUGAAUUCUUCGAGAUAAUAAAAAAAAAUAAUCAAUUUACACAGUUACAGUUUGAGAGCAUAAUACAAAAAUGCUUAGCAAUUAUAACAUACACAUUUUAAGCAUACAUGCAUUAAGCUUCAUAACAAGAUUCAGAUACUAAUUUAUUAGGGAAUAUAUCUAAAUUUUCCAUUUUAAGAUUUGACUUCUUAUUAAAUAAUAAAAUGAAGCCUUUUUUAAUAGAAGUUGAAGGAAAUCCCCUAAGUGGAGAGUAUACAUAAGCGAACCCUAGUGAUUUGAAUCAGCUUCUUGAAGAUGUGGUUGAGUAUGCUUAUUAAUUAAAUGCAAAUACAAUUCAUCCUAAAGAUUUAAAUAAAACAAUUUAAGAUAGAAAAAAUUUUAUUGCGAAUCAUCCAUUUGAGGACAAAAAUCCUUAAUAUAUUCCUUUAGUUAAUGAUGCAAUAGAUUUUUUAUAUAUUACAGAUGUAUUUGAAUUAUGAAAAUUGUUGAAAUUCAUAAAAUAAAUUAAAAUAAUAAAACUUGCUGGAUUUGAUAUUAUUUGUAUUAAUUUAUCUAUUCUUUUCAACAAAAAUAAUUAUUUUUAGUUAUUUAUUUUCUCUUUUGUUUAGCUU